AUGUAUAUGCCUCCUAAUGGGAGUUGUGUGACUAGUGUGCCUAAUGCCUAUCCCAAUGGACUUAACAAGUGCGCGAAUAUACAACCAGAAGUGACCGUGAAAUUGGAAACAGGCAAUGAAAGCAAUUAUAUUUCCGGGUCGAUACAUGAUAACAAUAAACUGCAAAGUAUAAAUUAUGUAUGUCAACCAUAUUAUAAUGGAUAUGAUCACCGAAUGUACCCAGAACUUAUAAAUAAUACAACAGAAAUGGGACCAAUAAUAGCGCCGAAUACAGCAGACUGCCAAUUUGGGACACCAUCACCACUAAGCUCCUCUCCUGAAUUAAAUCCAGCCUCUCCUCUAAAUGGUAAUACUUUUCAGUCAAAUUCCGAAGCAAACAAUAUUAUAGCGGUUCCUAAUGGUGAUCAAUACCACGAUAUGGAUGAAGUUUUAUUCUACUUAAACGAAUUGGGAACGAAUGGGAGAUCUUCCCAAAACAAUUCAACACAAUUUCACGGUGAUGUCAUCAAAGUUCAAAAUACCGUGGCGGAUAUCAAAGACUCACCGGGUGUCAAUUCAGCACAGCUCUGUCAGGACGUGACGAGGGAAUCCACAGGCGGGUAUGAUCCGGAUCACAGUAAAAAGAUGGCAGCUGGCACAGGCGACAACAUCGUAUAUGAUUGGAUGAAAGGUGCCGGUGGUGAUAAAAAGAAAGGAGCAAAACGAACGCGACAAACUUAUACAAGACAUCAAACGCUGGAGUUAGAAAAGGAGUUUCACUUCAGCAAUUAUGUCAACAGAGGCAGGCGUGCUCAAGUUUCAAAAGCGGUAGGGUUAACGGAAAGACAAAUCAAAAUUUGGUUCCAAAAUAGACGAAUGAAGGCUAAAAAAGAUGGCAAUUUAAACACCUCACCUGACCCGAACGCGAUUAGUGGAAAUAUAGGUUUGGCCAAGAUUCAAGAAUCCAGACAUCAGGCUACCGGUCAUUUCUGCAGGGGUAAAUAUGAUCACAUCGCGACAAUGCCAAACAACAUGCCUACAAAUAUGCCUCAAAAUUACACCAUGCCACUUUAUGGCAAUAUGAUGCCUGAAAUCAGAACGAUGCAAAAUUCUUCUGUAAAUUUGUAUUGA